AUGAAUAAGGAAUGCAGUGCCCUUAUUCAACCUGAGUUUCCUACAAAGAGAAGAGACCCGGGGAGUUUUCACAUCCCCUGUGCCAUAGGAGAAACAAUGUUCGAUAGAGCACUCUGUGAUUUGGGGGCAAGCAUCAACUUACUGCCAUUAUCCCUGGCGAAGAGGCUGCAGAUCAAUGAGAUAAUGUCCACAGAUGUAGUCAUCAGACUGGCUGACAAGACUCAAAAGCAAGCAAUAGGAGUGGUGGAAAAUGUGCUGCUAAAGGUUGGGAAAUACUUUCUCCCAACAGACUUUGUCAUUCUGGACAUGGAAGAGAGUCACACUCACCCAAUCAUAUUAGGAAGACCAUUCCUAGCUACAGCCAGAGCACUCAUAGAUGUGGAGCAAGGGGAGCUAAUAUUGAGGAUCCAUGAUGAAUGA